AUGCAUCCAGAAACUUGGCUUGAUUUUCCUCUCGAUCCUGACGAAGAUCUUGAUGAUUUGGAAAUGUCUGAUGCACAAAGAGGUCAUGCUUUAGCUAUAGAACGUCUAGCUCCAAGGUUAGCUGCACUGAGAAUAGAACUUUGUCCAUGCCAUAUGAGUGUUGGUUACUUCUGGAAAGUCUAUUUUGUUCUUCUUCUUUCAAGGCUCAAUAAACUCGAUGCUCAGCUUUUGUCUUCUCCGCAGGUGAUGGAAGCAAGAGCAUUGUGGAUGAAAGAGCUUCAGAAUCAAACCCAUUCUUCAAAAGAAGGUAGAGAUAUUCUCGAGGAGGAAGACAUUACACCGUCUACUUCGAAUUACUACCAUCAUGCUCCUCCUGAGUUUUUGUCUCCAAGAAUAUAUGCCUUUGAACCUCCUUCAAUCAUUUAUCACGAUUUCGAAACGGGAAAUCGUGUGUUUGAUAACGCUCAUGAUCUCGAAGGCGACGACGAUAUAAGCAGCUUAGCACUCAAAUCUAAGAUUACCCCAAAGAGCACAGACCAAAAAGGAACAUAA